AUGCCGAACCUUGAGCAAUUUGUGGAUUUCAAUCCUGAGAAGGAAAUCCCCCCUCUGGAUGGAAAAGUGGUUUUCAUAACUGGAGGCACUGCUGGACUAGGAAGAGCUACAUUGAUAGCUCUUGCCCAGCAUGGCCCAGCCCAUAUCUAUUUUACGGGCCGCAACAAUGAAGCUGCAGAGUCCUUGAUUUCUGAAGUCAAAAAGGAUAGCCCUGGUGUCGCGAUGACGUUCGUAAAAGUGGACAUGACGUCCUUGGUAUCAGUGAAAAAGGCCUGUGCAAAAUUUAUCCACGAUCGUCUAGACGUACUGAUAUGCAAUGCCGGUGUUAUGUUUAUUCCAGCAGGGGUUAGUGAAGACGGAUUUGAGCUUCACUUCGCAAUCAAUCACUUGGCGCAUGCGGUCAUAGUCCAAGAGCUUCUCCCUGUUAUGGAAACGACAGCUCAACAGCCGAAGUCAGAUGUGCGUGUCUUGUUCUUGACCUCGACUGCCUGGGCGAGUCACCCGCGAAAUGGUAUCACUUUCGAUACCCUGAAAACUGCACAGAAAGGAUUCAUGGGGUCCAUGUUUAGAUAUGGACAAAGCAAGCUCGCGAACAUCGUCUAUGCCGCCGAGCUCGCGCGGAGAUACUCGACGACCGAUAUCAAAUUCAUUUCGGUCCACCCAGGACCAGUCAAGACUACGCUGGCGACAUCAGUCUCCCUGUGGCAUUCGUUAUUCUUGAGUGUCUAUUUCUGGUUCACCGGCGUCUCUAUGAUGGAAAUAAGCCAGGGCCGUCUAAGCCAGCUCUGGGCGGCAGCGGGUGCCAAAGGGAAUGACUUGGUUAACGGAGGGUUCUACAUGCCCGUGGGUCGACUGAGCAAUGACCGGCUCGACACGACGGCCAAGAGCUUGAAGCUAGCGACAGACCUAUGGAAUUAUACCCAGGACGUUCUUGCUCGAGUUACGUGA